GGAAGGCCCGCCCCACGAGUGGCAGACGUGUAGUUUGGAUGAUGGCAGAAUGAAGACAAAAUGGUAUACAGUGAUUGUAAAGUUCGGACACGAUCUACGAUGGAUAGACAAGGAUUGUUUUCGAGUGGACUUGUAACAGUAUUACUGGCCUUUAUAAUACAGACUGUGCAUGCGGCGAAAGUGCACCCGACCGUCACUCUCCAGCGUCUGCAGCAGGCUGUGUAUGACCAGAGAUGGCAAGAAUACCCAGAAUACGCCACAUUCUCUGGUUACCAUGGAUACGAUGAUGUCCUGGAGUCCUUUACAUUAGAAUCCUUCAAACGGAGAAAGGACAAUUGCGAGGAUAUUCUGCGACAGGCCCACGAGCUUGAUGCGACGCAGCUGCCAAAGGGAAGUAAGCGGGAGUUGAGAAUACUGAAGUCCUACCUCACUGCGUAUAUCGAUGGCUACAAGUGGCGAGACUAUGGGUCCCUGAAUCCCGUCAACUUCCUGGAGGGUAUAGCCAAGGGGACACACUGGACCUUCUAUGCCAAGUUUGACACUCCAGAUGAUUUUGAGAAAUACCUCAAACGUUUGUCAGCGUUCCCAGUUCAGAUCGAUGAGAUGAUCGCGCUGAUGCGGCGGGCCAUCAGUCUGAAGAGAACAAAUCACCGGGUCUCAAUCGACCGCGUGCCGGAUAUUCUCAAGGAGCGGGAUAUCGGGGAGAACUUCCUGCUGCCCAUACAGACAGCCUUGGAACUGGUGCCUCAGGACAUCAAAGAACUGGUUCUGGUCAAAGCAAAGGAGAGUCUUCCAGAUAUUUCAGCAGCAAUAAGAAAACUACAGAAAUUCAUUGAGACGGAGUAUCUAAAGGCUACUCGGCCGGUAGAGGGCGUCCACACAUUGGCAAACGGAAACCAGUACUACCGCGCGUGCCUGAAAUGGUACCUGGGAUAUGAGAUUUCUCCGGAAGAGGUGUUUGAACUCGGAGUCAAAGAAGUGGCAAGGAUAGAGCGGCAAAUGAAGAGAGUGAUGGAGAGCGUCGAUUUCCAUGGUGACUUAAAGUCUUUCUUUCAGUACGUCAAAUACAUUCCAAAGUUUUAUAAUCACACAAAGGAGGAGCUGCUACAUCGAUAUCACUUCCUCAUCACAAAGAAGAUUCUGCCUCGGCUACAGUUUAUGUUCAGAAACAUAUCGCUUCCGGCUCUCACCAUCGUGCCUGUUGACACAGACGGCCCGUGGGGAUCGUACGGGCAGAAUGUCUUCUACGCCAACCUCAAAGAACCUCAGAAACGAUCGACGUUCAUGAUGCUGCCGCUUGCGCUGCACGAGACGGACCCGGGGCAUCACUUCCAGGACGCCUACUCCAGCCUGCAUGGCAUCCCUGACUACAGGGGGGAGACACUCAACAGUAAACUGUACUCGGUACCAUUCCAUUUCCCCAUAUACAGCGCAUACGCAGAGGGCUGGGCGCUCUAUGCUGAAUACCUCGGAGAGGAGAUGGGCUUGUACGACUCGCCCUAUGAUCUCUUUGGCAGAUAUUGUUCCGAGAUAUUCCGUGCCUGUCGUCUUGUAGUGGAUACUGGCAUUCACGCGUUUGGAUGGUCACGUGAUCGUGCAAUUCGCUUCCUGACGAAUUACAGCGACUUUCCAGACAGUCAGAUCCAGUCCGAGGUUGACCGAUACAUCACGUGGCCAGGCCAAGCCUGCUCCUACAAGGUUGGGGAGAUCAAAAUAAAGAAAUUGAGACAGGAAGCGGAAACGAGGCUCGGCCGGAAGUUCAACAUCCGGGACUUUCAUCAUGUGGUCUUGAAGCUCGGGAGCGUCCCCCUUGACAUUCUACAGGAGGAAGUUCAUGACUGGAUAGACUCGGAGCUCCUUGAUGAGAAAAUAGUCACCAUUCCUGUGUUGUCGUCUGCCGUUAUGUACACAUAUAAUACUGUCCUCACGACUAGUAUAACAAUAGUUUUAUUGCUUGCAAACAGAUAAUAUUGAUGAUAUUUAUGUUCUGUGCAGUGUACAGUGUUUUGUAUCAUGGUAGAAAAUCUUUGUCUGUUGUAAAUAAAUUUGUCCGUUGUGUAAGAAGGA